CGUUGGGGCCGCGCCCGCGCAGUGCGUCGCCGCUGCGAGUCGGGCGCGCGUGGCGGGGUCCGGGGCGCGGUCUCGCGGGGCACGCCCGGCAGGAUGCCGGAGAUCAGGGUCACGCCCCUGGGGGCUGGCCAGGAUGUGGGCCGAAGCUGCAUCCUGGUCUCCAUCGCGGGCAAGAAUGUCAUGCUGGACUGCGGGAUGCACAUGGGCUUCAGUGACGACAGGCGCUUCCCCGACUUUUCCUACAUCACCCGCGGCGGCCGGCUGACCGACUUCCUGGACUGUGUGAUCAUCAGCCACUUCCACCUGGACCACUGCGGGGCGCUCCCUUACUUCAGCGAGAUGGUGGGCUACGACGGGCCCAUCUACAUGACCCAGCCCACCCAGGCCAUCUGCCCCAUCCUGCUGGAGGACUACCGCAAGAUCGCCGUGGACAAGAAGGGCGAGGCCAAUUUCUUCACGUCCCAGAUGAUCAAGGACUGCAUGAAGAAGGUGGUGGCCGUCCACCUCCACCAGACAGUGCAGGUGGACGAUGAGCUAGAAAUCAAGGCUUACUACGCGGGCCACGUGCUGGGGGCGGCCAUGUUCCAGAUUAAAGUGGGCUCAGAGUCUGUGGUCUACACGGGGGAUUAUAACAUGACCCCGGACCGGCAUUUGGGAGCCGCCUGGAUUGACAAAUGCCGCCCCAACCUGCUCAUCACAGAGUCCACAUAUGCCACCACCAUCCGUGACUCCAAGCGCUGCCGGGAGCGAGACUUCCUGAAGAAGGUCCAUGAGACCGUGGAGCGUGGUGGGAAGGUGCUGAUCCCCGUGUUUGCGCUGGGCCGCGCUCAGGAGCUCUGCAUCCUGCUGGAGACCUUCUGGGAGCGCAUGGACCUGAAGGCCCCCAUCUACUUCUCCACGGGCCUGACGGAGAAGGCGAACCACUACUACAAGCUCUUCAUCCCCUGGACUAACCAGAAGAUCCGGAAGACCUUCGUGCAGAGGAACAUGUUUGAGUUCAAGCACAUUAAGGCCUUUGACCGGGCGUUUGCUGACAGCCCGGGUCCCAUGGUCGUGUUUGCCACCCCGGGGAUGCUGCAUGCCGGCCAGUCCCUACAAAUCUUCCGGAAGUGGGCAGGGAACGAGAAGAACAUGGUCAUCAUGCCCGGCUACUGCGUCCAGGGCACUGUGGGCCACAAGAUCCUGAGUGGGCAGCGCAAGCUGGAGAUGGAGGGGCGACAGGUGCUGGAGGUCAAGAUGCAGGUGGAGUACAUGUCCUUCAGCGCCCACGCAGAUGCCAAGGGCAUCAUGCAGCUGGUGGGCCAGGCAGAGCCAGAGAACGUGCUGUUGGUACACGGCGAGGCCAAGAAGAUGGAGUUUCUGAAGCAGAAGAUCGAGCAGGAAUUCCGGGUUAGCUGCUACAUGCCGGCCAAUGGUGAGACAGUGACGCUGCCCACGAGCCCCAGCAUCCCCGUGGGCAUCUCACUGGGGCUACUGAAGCGGGAGAUGGCACAGGGCCUGCUCCCUGAUGCCAAGAAGCCCCGGCUCUUGCACGGCACCCUGAUCAUGAAGGACAGCAACUUCCGGCUCGUGUCCUCAGAGCAGGCCCUCAAGGAGCUGGGCCUGGCCGAGCACCAGCUGCGCUUUACCUGCCGCGUGCACCUGCACGACACUCGCAAGGAGCAGGAGACAGCCGUGCGCGUGUACAGCCACCUGAAGAGCGUCCUCAAGGACCACUGCGUGCAGCACCUUCCUGAUGGCUCCGUGACCGUGGAGUCCAUCCUCAUCCAGGCUGCUGCCCACUCAGAGGACCCCAGCACCAAGGUGCUGCUGGUCUCCUGGACCUACCAGGAUGAGGAGCUGGGAAGCUACCUCACGUCUCUGCUCAAGAAAGGCCUGCCCCAGGCCAGCUGAGGCCCCGCAGCCCCGACUGUCUGGCCCUGGGUCUUCCCUGUGUCCUCGGGUGUGGAGCCCACCGCUGGCUGUGACCCUCAUCUGUGCAGAGACCACAGUGCCACACACCUGCCCGAGUGGCUGCUUUUGGCCGAAGAAAGAAACGGACCUGGGGGGCUCUUAACCUUUUAUUUCUACUCCUGGGCUCCCAGGAGGUGGGUGGAGGCUCCUGGGGUAUUGAUUUCUAGUAAAAACAACCACAGGCUG